UUCGUCAUCGGCAGUAGUCACUCGUCGGCGCCCAGACGAGGUGGUUCUCGCGUCAUCUCCGCUCCGGUCGGUCUUCUCCUUCUCUCGUCUGCGUCGUAUCGUGUCCUUGAGCGCGCCAUGGCAUCUGUAUGCAUUAUCGGUUCUGGGAACUGGGGCUCGGCUAUAGCUAAAAUAGUCGGCGCGAAUGCGAAGAAUCAGAGUAGCUUCGCCGAUCGCGUCACCAUGUAUGUUUACGAAGAAAUUAUCAAUGGGAGGAAGUUAACAGAGAUCAUCAACGAAACACAUGAGAACGUCAAAUAUCUGCCGGGACAUAAGAUUCCUACGAAUGUGAUUGCAGUUCCCGAUGUGGCGGAGGCUGCGAAAGACGCAGAUAUACUUAUAUUUGUGGUUCCGCAUCAGUUCAUUCGAAGGAUAUGCAGUACAUUACAAGGAAAAAUCAAAUCUACCGCUGUCGGUUUAUCGCUGAUUAAGGGUUUUGACAAAAAAGAGGGUGGCGGCAUUGAACUUAUUUCUCACAUAAUUUCGAGACAACUGAAAAUUCCAGUCUCGGUUCUGAUGGGCGCCAAUUUGGCUUCUGAGGUGGCCGACGAGAUGUUUUGCGAGACCACAAUAGGAUGCAAGGACAAGACGAUGGCACCGUUACUUCGCGACUUAAUUCAGACAUCGUACUUCAGGGUAGUUGUCGUCGAGGACGUAGAUUCUGUGGAGUGUUGCGGCGCACUGAAGAAUAUAGUUGCUUGUGGCGCUGGCUUUGUCGAUGGGCUCGGUCUGGGUGACAAUACGAAGGCCGCGGUGAUCAGGUUGGGCCUAAUGGAAAUCAUCAAAUUCGUCGAUGUGUUCUAUCCAGGCGGCAAAUUAGCGACUUUUUUCGAAAGUUGCGGAGUCGCCGAUUUAAUUACAACAUGCUACGGUGGACGCAAUAGGAAGGUCUCAGAGGCUUUUGUCAAGACCGGCAAGUCUAUUGAAAUAUUGGAGAAAGAAAUGUUGAAUGGGCAGAAGCUGCAAGGCCCGUUCACCGCCGAGGAGGUCAACUACAUGCUGAAAUUGAAGAACAUGGAAGACAGGUUUCCGUUGUUCACGGCAAUUCAUCGUAUUUGCAUCGGUGAGCUAAAACCGACGGAUUUAGUCGAUUGCAUACGCAGCCAUCCGGAACACAUGGACGAAGACGCCUCAACGAUCCUCAAGCCCAAGUGCCAUCUUUAAAAGAUCCUCCCAACAUCGUCCUUCAAGGAAAAGGGGCUCGUCGCAUCAUUGAAAAUCAACAUCAUACUCGAGAGCGUGAUGCUAGUUAAGCGAUUCAUUCUGGGUUAUCAGUUAUCACAAAACUGGCAGUAAAGCAUUAAUCAACAAGUUAGAACAUACAGAUAAGUUGAUUUUUGUCACAAUUUGAUAUAGUUGGCGCGUAAUCACAUGUCCCAAGUAGUAAACUGACGUCAUUAAACGUUAGAAUGACGUCAGCGAUGUCAAAAUGACAUACGCUUGCUACCUGAGAUUUCAUAGCAAUUCAUUAUGUAUCUUUUUUAUAUUUUAUAUUUUUAUUAUUUAUAAAAGAUAAAUUAUUGAGCUUGAAAAGCAUUUUUUGGAAAAGUAUUCGAGCAGAUAAAACUGAAUGAAAUGAAGUUAAUUCGGAGAGAUUCAGCAAUGCACUCUUGAAUUUGAUGUUUGAUACAAAACUGUGAUGGUUUAUAGACUUUUGGAUCUGUAAACUAUAAUAGUUUAUAGAUUAUUAAAUAAUAUUUCAUAUUAUUAAUUAUUUUUUUGCGCACGAUAAAAUAUUUUUCAAUGUUUUAUCUUACGAAGAUAAUUUUUUUGGGAGGGAAGAAAUUUUCUUUUUUUUAUAAGGAAUGAAUUAUUCUAUUUAAGCAAAAUACGU